AUGAAGCUCUCGGUCCUGCUGGUUUGCAGCCUCCUGCUGUGGAGGGUGGGUGAGAUGAGGUCGGAUGCUCCAGAAAAGUUGUCCCCGCUGGCUCCGGGAGGAUCCGGCCAUAGCCAGGGAUACGGGGAGGGCACUUGUACCCCUCAGCCCCCUUGGCCCCAUCCCUAUCCCCUGCUGUUCCCCCCAGCUCUCAGCUCGAAGGAGACCUUCCUGGUGCUCUCACUGCACAACAAACUGAGGAGCAAAGUGCAGCCCCCUGCUGCCAACAUGCAGAAGCUGGAGUGGAGCGAGGAGCUGGGGCGGCAGGCGGGGGCACGGGCGGCCAGCUGCCUGGAGGGCCCGGCUCCACCACCAGCCCCGCAGCUGGGCUGGAGCGAGGUCCUGCUGCCGGCGGGCACCGGAGGCUUCGGGGCCGUGCUGGAGCUCUGGUUUGCCGAGGGACGACGCUACGACUACAGGACGGGGCGCUGCGCCGGCAAUGCCACCUGCCGCCAUUACACCCAGCUGGUGUGGGCCACAGCGGGGCAGCUGGGCUGCGGCCGGCACCGCUGUCCCGGCCCCCAAGGCCCCAGCGAGGCCUUCGCCUGCGCCUACUCGCCGGGGGGCAACUGGGAGGUGGCCGGGACGCCCAUCCUGCCCUACAAGCAGGGACCCUGGUGCUCCCUCUGCACCGCUGGCCUCUCUGGCUGCUUCAAGUCCUGGGACCACAGCGGCGGGCUCUGCGAGGUGCCCAGGAACCCGUGUCGCAUGAGCUGCAGGAACAGCGGGCGCCUCGACAUGAGCAGCUGCCAGUGCACCUGUCCCCCCGGCUACACGGGCAGGUACUGCCAAGUGAGGUGCAGCGGGCAGUGCCUCCACGGAAGGUUCAGGAAGGAGGAGUGCUCCUGCCUCUGCGACGUGGGCUACGGUGGAGCUGAGUGUGGCACAAAGAUCCACUUCCCCUUCCAUGCCUGUGACGUGCGGAUAGACAGUGACUGCUUCAUGGUGUCCCCUGAAGCCGACACCUACUAUGGAGCCAAAAUUAAAUGCCAGGAGAAAGGAGCGAUGCUGGCCCAGAUAAGAAACCAAAAGGUUCAGGACAUCCUGGCUUUCUACCUCAGCCGCUUGGAGAUGGGUAACAGGGUGACAGACACUGAUUUUGAGACUGGAAACUUCUGGAUUGGUCUCACCUACAAGACAUCCAAGGCUUCCUUCCGCUGGGAUGUGGGUGAGCCAUCCUCGUUCACCAGCUUCGCUUUUGGGCAGCCAGACAACCAGGGGUUUGGGAACUGUGUGGAGAUGCAAGCGUCAGCCGCCUUCAACUGGAACGACCAGCGCUGCAAGACCCGAAACCGGUACAUCUGCCAGUUCGCCCAGGAACACAUCGCCCUGUGGCAGUGGGACCCCUGAGCCGGUAGCCCUGGGAACCGGCCAGCGCUGGCUGCUGUGCUGAACCUGCGGCUCAGGAGGACCCUGGUGCUGUGCCAAGCCUGGACCACUGCUCAGGAGGAUCUCUGCACAGCUCUCUCGUGGAGGGAAUGAGGGGACCCAUGGCAGUGGGACCUGGCAAGAAGGGGUGUGCUGUACAUCAUCCCCGAAACGGCAUCUUCUACCCCUCACCUUUGUCUUCUACCCCUCACCUUCGUCUGUCACUGUCACUCUGCAACACUCUGGGCAGGAGAUGUCCCUUGCAACAGCCAGGUACAAAAGCAUUGUCCUCAAAACUGGCAGCUGGGCUGUGUCAGGACUGUGGUCUCAGUGUGACGAGGGGCCAAGGGGGCUCUUUGGGGGUGCAGACCUUGACACAGCUCAGGGU